GAAGGGGAAAAUUUUCAUUGUUUGACAGUACAGAUCGACGUCGUUUUUUCUUAUGGAAUAGAACUUAGAUUUGGGUUUUAAAAUUGGGAUUUUAAUACCUUUCUUUUCCAUAUUGUAAGUUCUCUGUUCAUUUAUUCUCAAAUAGUUUUUAUUUUGGGAAAUUGGACUAUCUUGGCGAAAAGGAAAGCUAUAAAAACGAUAUGAAGUCUUUAAUUGCCCUCUUGUGCGUCCUCAGCUUGGCCUUAGCCGAACAAUCUCCAGUUUUUCUAUGGGGUGUUAACAGUGUGGCAAAACCUUCCUUGGGAACAAUCCCUCAAUCGGAGUUUGCAAACAUUAUCGAAUCACAAAAGAAUGGAAAAACGCUGGUCGUGUUUUUGGAAAAUGGCUUGACCAAUAAGGAUUUUACAUGCACCAAUAGCGUAACUUCUAAGUCUUGCUUUGCGCGUUUGCAAGAUGUGCCGGAGAAAAACUUCUACGCAUCCGUUGAAAACCCAGUCGAAGCAAUACGCUCCCUAGGCGAGCAUGAAUACAAUUCUGUGGAUUCCACUGGAAAUCUAAGAAACGCUUUGGACACUGGAAAUGCCAAUAUAAUUUUCGUUACAUUUGAUGAAUUAGACAAAAAUGAAGAUCGUGCUGUUUGUUUGGAAUUACACGAUUCUGUAAUUGCAGAUAUUACCUCACAAAUGAAUGGUAAAGCCAUAUUCAUGUACACAACUGCACCGCACACGGCAUUGUCCAAGGCUUUGAAACGAGAGCGCCGAGAUACCGUUGAAAGCAAUCCUAUGGUUUUCCAGAAUGGAUCGACAUUGUUGAUGUACUUUACCAGUCUUUCUGUAGUCAACAGUAAUGGACCUACGACUACGGUUUUGACACCGCAAUCAAUGGAAGUUACUGUUACCAAUGCAACUGCUUUGUCAGUAAAACUUACAUCUAAUCCCCCUUUAACGUUCGAUAUAACGCUUUCUGGUGGCUAUUUCUUUAUGAAUAACGUAAUGUGGAAUGGUAUCAAUUUCCGCAGCAAUCAUGUUUAUUCGCCAACCGACUUUUCCUAUUUCUGCGGGAAUUUGACUCUCUAUGGCGUUGGUACGGCUGAGGAGAUGAGUACAUACACCUUAAAUUGGAACUCCUUCCAAUUCCAAGCCCCAUUCGGUUCAACUACGAACGAUAAAUUCGUGUUCGGUGAUCCUUGGCAUUGCGUUGGAUUCUUUACUGGAGGAAUUUUAUCCGGACUCCUGAUUGUUGCCCUUUUACUAACAAUUACCUUCAUCGGAGUCUGCUGGAUGAUGGACAUCAAUACAAUGGACAGAUUUGAUGAUCCAAAAGGAAAGACAAUUACAAUAAAUGCCACUGAGUAAAAUUAAAGUAUUAUGUAGAUAACUAGUUUUUUAUGCAUAAUCCUUUAAUUCAUUCCCUAAAAUAAGUUUCUUUUUCGUCAAAACAUCAGUUUUCACUUCUUCCAUUGAUAAUCAAGAGUCCUUGGGUGUGUGUGUGUGUGUUAGGUGUCUAUAAUUACUCUAAAGUUAAAUCGUUCAGCAUCCUUGAUUUAACUUUAUGGCAAUUGUAGUAGCAUCGUUAAAUAAGUAUACAUAUUUUCUAAAAGCUACAAGUUACUUUUGUUAGUUAUUUAAAAAAUUAAAAAAAAAAACUUCUUCUAAUGCGUUAUUUUUGUAUUAACUCUCCUGUUUCAUGUAAUUGUUAUAUAUAUUGUUCCAUUCAAGGUGUGGUAAUAAAUGAGGUUGUUCUCCCAA